ACAAAAUAUAACAUAAAUUUGAAACAGAUUUAGGGAAAAAAAAUAAUAAUAAUAGUGUAUUUUAGAAUUGACCGAGGAAAGAGUGUACGACAGUUUUAGUUCCCUGAGGUACGAUAUUUUAGUUAAUCUUGAACAACGUAACAAACAUCAUGACUUUAAGAAAUAGUACAAUAUAUUGCAUAAAUUCAAAAUUGAUAAGAAAAAGUUCAGUCCUUAGAAAAUUAAUUACGAGAAGACAGGAGUACAACAAUUACCAUCCCAUAAAGCACAAAAUUUUAAGUAAUCCCUCAAAACACCGCCAUGACUCUAUACCGAUAUAGCACAAAUUCAAAAUCGACCAAGAAAAAUAAAAACAAAGCCCCUGAAGAAUGAUAUACAAGAAACUGGAAGAUAAUAAAGUACGACAACUUCCGCUCCCUGCAGUACGAGAUCCUAGUCAGGUGGUUCCCGGCAGCAAGGGACAGCCAGUGUGCAGCCAGAAGCCGAGGAGGGAGGAGUGCUCUUCUCAUGGGGCAGCCUGACCUCUCCCCCGCCCAGUAUUUCUACCCUGGAAGGUGAAUAUUUUGAUCUCGUGACCUUAUCUUGACCCCAAUGGCUUUGAAUCUUCAAUAUCUGGUUAAUUCAAGGUCAAAGGUCAGAUCGUGAGGGGACGCAGGAGUCAACAUGGGUGUUCGAGGCCUCCAGUCGUUCAUGGAGUCCCACUGUGGCCAAGCUUGCUACUCUGUCAACAUUGGAAAGGUGGCAGACGAGUACCAGAAGAGGACAGGAAAGACCCCGUUGAUUGUGGUAGAUGGAAUGUCCUGUCUUCGUAAACUCUAUGGGAAGCUGAACUGGAUUUGCGGUGGACAAUGGAAGGGUUACAUCGAACACAUACAAGAUUUUCAGAAGUCUUUGCAGCAACAUGGAAUUAAUCUGGUCCUUUUUUUUGAUGGAAAUACGCCGGAGAGGAAGAGAGAAACUUGGACGCACAGACGGCUCGAGAACUUAAAGGAUGUGAUUAAUUAUUUCACUAUUAUCAAAUCGAAUAAAGAGCUGGAACAUGGUAAACACUUUUUCCUUCCCACUGGCUUGGCUGCGUUCACUCCUCUUAUAUUCAAGGACGUCCUUGGGUGCCCUGUCUACACCUGUCUGGAGGAGUGCGACAAAGCAGUGGCCGAAUAUGCCAAGAUUCACGGAGCGAUGGGAAUCUUGGGGCAGGAUUCUGACUACAUCAUCUACAACACUGCUCAUUACUACUUCUCUAUUAAUCACCUUAAUCUGGAGACCCUCGACACUGUUAUGUACGACCGUAAUGCACUUUGUCGCGUUCUCCACAUCUCCGUUGAUCAGCUGCCCCUUCUGUCCUGCCUUAUUGGGAACGACGUAGUCCACCAGGAAGACUUGCUACUCUUCCACCAGCAGCACCUAAGGAUUUCCAUGCACCAGCUCCACCGUCACCACAACCGCCCUCCACCCGAGAUCCUGAUCCCCAAAGUGGCAACGUUUAUUAAUAACCAGCCACCGAUGGACCAAUUAAGCCAGCAGCUACCCUCCCUGGCCAGGGUAGUCUUCCGGGAUGAGAACCGCGUCCACCUCCUUUUAGAUGGGAUAGGAAUGUACCAGCUAGAUAUUGAAAAUCCUGAUGAAUUCAGUAACCAACCCAAGGAAGUUGAGGGUAUGAAUAUAAUGGACCGAGUGAGGUUAAGACACAUCAACUCGGAGCUCGGAAGGCAUUUGUUUGCCAUCCUGCGCGGCGAACCUUACGAGUCGUCAACCACCCUUGAGGACUAUACUUCCAACCUUCCAUCUGGGGCCAUAGUGUUCCAGGCCCUCCGCGCGAGAGUCUACCGCCUCCUGCAGAAGUCGGCGAGAGAUGGGCUGAGUCAAGUCCCUGAGUGGUGCAUGUACAGUGGAAGCCUGCUGAAGGAGCCAGAUUUGGUGGAUCCUGUUGAGCUGGAAGGUGGCAGUCCGUCGCUGGAGGAGCUCUGGAAUGGAGACUCAGACCUCAAGUGGAGAACCUUCAUGGAUUGUGUUCACCCCCAGCUGUGCGAGACGCGAUUCAGAACGCUCCCGCCACACCUUGUUGUCCCUGUCGCCAUUCUCUUCUACCUGCAGUGCAGCCAGCCAAAGCCGAUACUGAAGGACUGGGAGAUGAAUGCAAUAAUGGCAGCUUUUCUAUCACCAAUGCGCGAGGACCUCAAUCAGAUCCGGGCCAUUGCUCUGCCCAGGAUUGACGCACGGGCUGUCCACGUGGCUGCCAUCUUUAUGAAGGGCCUGGUCAACUUCUUCUUUCUCCUUGCUGCCUGUGACUUCCCUGUGUCGAGAAAGAAUAUGGUGCCUUGGGCUUUCUGGGAUGGUAAAGUAUUUCACCAUUACUACCUGCGUGCCAAGUCUGGAGCAAAGGUGGAGGAUCUCUGCGAACAUAAGGAGGAAAUCCACAAGCAAUUUAUGGACAUGAAAACCUUGAUUCUACCCCACAUGGCUCCAACCGUCCCAGUCAAGACCACCGUGCCAAGCUCCCCCAGCCGCAGCCCCCUGGAGAGCCCCAAGAAGAAAGGGGGACAUCUCGGCACCUCCAUAACCCCUCCGUUAGGCAUCUCCCCCCCUACCACGCCAGCAAGAGAUCACCCAACAACACUUGCCAUCACCAAGAACUUAUAUGGAAAGAACUCGCGUGGAUCGUCUCCUCUGGUCUCCCCAAGUUCCCCGCACUCUGCCAGGGGCCACGGGAAGCACCCCUACAAGUCCCCACAGCCUAGAUCCCCUGUCGCCAAGUCCCCUGUUGCAAAGUCAUCAGCUGCAAAGUCUCCCGCUAAGUCCCCCAAGAAGAGCGUCUCGUGAUCACCCACAUAGGUCUUGGUCAGGUCAUGGUCAGUUUGUGGUGGGCAGGUUGUGGUCAGGUCGUGGUUGGGUUGUGGUCGGGUUGUCUGCUGCUCCCUUCCCCCCCCCACCCCCUAGUGCGUUGUUUGGCCUGGGGUGACGCGUGGGGCUGCUCUUGUUGUUGUUGUUGUUGUUGUGUUGCUGCUAGCUAGCCUGCCAGCCAGCUACAGGGCCACACUCGUACACACAUGCAGACUCGGCCGCGCGCUUCAUGGCCGUGGCGGGGGUACGUGCACGCUCUCACCCACACACACGCACACAGAUGCACAUGGGCCCACAGCAUUGUAGCAACUCUGUACGCAUCUAGUCGUAGUGGCAGUAGUGAGCCAUACACACACACACACACACACACACACACACACACACACACACACACACACACACACACACACACACACACACACACACACACACACAGCUAACCUCCCUAAUCUGACAUUUUAAGAAUUAUAUAUGAUAAAGUAUUUGUUGCAAUGGCUUGUGUAUGUCCCUCUCCCUCUCUCUCUCUCUCUUCCCGUCCAUACACAAAACCAACUCAAUUCUAAGUCAACUUCCAGUCAUUCCGUCUCUGAUUGACGUCCUCGAGUCUGUCUAGCCAACACUCGUCUGUCUGUCCGUGUGUCUGUUACGAGUUCACUCAUGUACUUUCAUUUUUAGCCUCGUAAGUUGUGUGUGCUUCUUUAUUUCCUCCCAGGGUUGUGAAGAAUGGCUAUGAAGGCUUCGGAGUCUCAGAUUUGAAGGUUGUGAGGUAAAUUUGUGGUGGUGGUGGUGGUUCUUUUAUUAUUAUUAUUAUUUAUUUAUUUAUUUAUUUAUUUAUUUAUUUAUUUAUUUAUUUAUGUUUUUUGUGUUUGUUUUUCCCAAGGUUGUGAGAAAUGUCUGAAGUUUUAGCGUCUCAGAUUUCAAGAUUGUGAGUUGAAUUAAUUUUUUUCUUAUAUUUAUUUAUUUUUAUUUAUUUAUCUUUUUUUUUUUAAUAUGCUUGUUUUUUUGUGUGCUGUUUUUUUCUUUUUUUUUUUUUUACCAAGGUUGUAAAAACUAUCUGAAGGUGUGAGGUUGUGAAUUGUGUUAAUGGUGUUUCCGCUUUAUUCUGUACCUGAUUUUGUCGUUUUCGUUUCGUUCUUCACUUUUCUACGUUAAGUUUACCAAAGGUUGUGAAAAUGUCGCUUUAGAGUCUCAAAUUUCAAAGGUGUAAGAUGAACUGGUAUUUUUUUUUCUUUUAAUAUUCUGAACUUAUGUUUGUUUGUUUAUUUAUUUAUUUACUUAUUUUUUUGGUUAAGGAGGUCUAUUGAAUCCCAGUCUAGUCACAAAAGUUGCUUCUUCUUAUGCAGUUUAAGCUUCUUUUCCUGCCAGCUUGUUAAUAGGCUUUCUUUUGUUUAUCUUUUAAAGGAGGAAGAUUUGAAACUUAUCUCCAUUUGGGCCAAGCUUAUUAAUUACUUACUUGUAAAUAGGUCUUGUUUUUCUUUUUCAUUAAUGGAGGAAGAUUUUAAACUUAUAUCCUUACUUAUCUUGUUAUUUAAUAGCCCUUGUGUUUCUAAUUAUCGAUCAAUGGAGGAAGAUUUUAAACAUAUUCUACUCAUCUUGUUAAUAAUAGCCCUUGUUUUUCUGUUUAUCAAAAGAGGAAGAUUUUAAACUUAUAUCCUUACUUAUCUUGUUAAUAGCCCUUGUGUUUCUAAUUAUUGAUCAAUAGAGGAAGAUUUUAAACAUAUAUUCUACUGAUCUUGUUGAUAAUAGCCCUUGUUUUUCCAUUUAUCAAUGGAGAAAGACUAAACAUAUUUCCAUUUAGUGUCUACAAGCUUAUUAUUACCAUUCUCACUCAGCUUGUAAACUUUUUUCCUCCCAGCUUGUUUACAAUUCACUCAGUGUCAUGAAUAUUACAAAUGUAUUUAUUGUGAGCAUGAAGACGAAGACAUCUGCUGCUUUUAUCCAUCCUCUGAUUGAGAAUACAUUGUUUGGAGCACGAA